GACGGACGGAGCAAGUCGUCAGGAUUAAUGGAGGGACUCACACCCGCGGGAUUUGUUACAAGCUUAUAAGCUGCUCUUUUCACGCCGGGGAGCCAGCAUUCAGCCUCGGAGCGGAGCGGGGAAACUUCGAGCGAGUUGUUUUGGGGAGUUUUGUUCCAGUGUGGAGAAAAAAAUAAUAAAAAAAAAUAAACGGGGAUCCGGACCUUUGACAGCUGCACCGCCGCCAGGCUGGAAACCCUCGGUGACCGGGAGGUGAGCUGUCACCGUCCGCUCAGCUGCCGGAGGACCAGCGGUCCGAGCAGCCGUGCAUCCUGACUGAGUCCGGCUCUGGGGGUCCAUGAUGACUUGGAGUUGGCUUCAGCAGACGGUCCCCUGCUGACACCCGGAUUUCCGCCCCUUUCCUGAAGAUCUAUUUCUAUCUUUUUCAGUUUUUUUUUACACUGAAGACUUUGUCUCUUCUGUCAUCAUGGCCAGCCUUGUGAUUAACGAAACUGGAGUGGAGGAUUGUGGGAUUGACGACUCCUUCAAGUACAACUUGUACUCCACGGUUUACAGCGUGGUCUUCGUUUCGGGCCUGAUGACCAACUGCGCCGCCCUCUUCGUCUUCUGCUUCCGGAUGAAGAUACGCAACGAGACCACAAUGUUCAUGACCAACUUAGCGUUUUCAGACUUGGUCUUCGUCUUCACUCUGCCGUUCAAGGUCUUCUACAAUGUCAACCGCAACUGGCCCUUCGGAGACGGGCUCUGCAAGGUGUCAGGGACGGCCUUCAUCACCAACAUCUAUGGCAGCAUGCUCUUCCUCACCUGCAUCAGCGUGGACCGCUUCCUGGCGAUAGUCUACCCGUUUCGAUCGCGCUCCAUCCGCACGAGGAGGAACGCGGCGCUGGUGUGCGCCGCCGUGUGGCUCACCAUCGUGGGCGGAGGAAUAUCAGUGACCUUCUUCUCCACCAUCAACAGCAGACACAGAGCCACCACAUGCUUUGAAGGAUUUUCCAAGAACACCUGGAAGACCUACCUCUCCAAAAUCACCAUCUUCAUAGAGAUUGUGGGUUUUCUCUUCCCCCUCCUGGCCAACCUGGUGUGCUCCUCCCUGGUUCUCCGGACGCUGCGCCGCCCGGUCAGCGCCGGCCACGGCUGCGACAGCAAGAAGCGAGUCCUGCGGAUGAUCGUGGUCCACCUCACCAUUUUCAUCAUUUGCUUCGUCCCGUACAACUUCCUGCUCUUCCUGUACGCCCUGGUGCGGACCCAGGCCCUGGCGAACUGCGCCGUGGAGCGGUUCGCGCGGACCCUGUACCCCAUCACCCUGUGUCUGGCCAGCCUCAACUGCUGCCUGGACCCCGUGGUUUACUACUUCACCUCAGAGAGCUUCAAGAAGAGCCUGACCAUUGGUGGCAAGGGGUCCGGCUCGCGGCCCGAGAGCAUCCCGCGCAGCGACAACGAGGCCCAGGACACGGCCGUCCCCAGAGACACUAAGUCAGUGUCCAGCAACGGGAAAGUUGCCACGAUAUCCGACAGCCAGCUAUGACUCGGCGCCGUCAGGGGUGAAAACGGGUCGUGGCGGGUUCUGGAGGAACCCUGAACUUGGACAACAAUCACUUGUUUAAUUGUGGAAGUGGAAAACAAAUAGCUCAGCAGAUUAGCUCAGACCAGAGGUAAGUCCUGAGGUAUGGCCUGGGCUUUGUGGAUUAAUCCAGCACUGGAGAACAGAGGAAUGUAUCUGUGUUUGUUAUAACACACACACACACACACACACACACACACACACACACACACACACACACACACACACACACACACACACACCCGGGGCAGAGGGGUGGCAGAUCCAUGUUGGGGCCGCCGUGACAGAGACAAGGAGCCUCUCAAAGAGACUCACGGACACUCACACUGACACUGAGCUGUCCAUAAGAUGGAGAUUCUCAUUCACUCUGUUGAUAUGGGCUGUUUAGCGCUUUUGUAACAAAAUCUUUAUUUUUAGAAAGUUUGAGCUCCAGCAGUGCGUUAUAUCAUCAAUGUAGUGACACUGAUCAGUACGGCGGGAGGUUAGGGCCGCGCUCAGAAACCAAAAACAAAUUUAAAGUAAUAAAAUUACGAGAAUACAAGAUCAAACUCAUAGUAUUAACAAGAUAAAAUCAUAACUUAGGAGAAGAAAGUUGUAUGAGAAUAAUGCUGAAAUAAUACUAGAAUAAAUAACUGAGAAGAAAAUUGUCAUAUUUUUGAGAAUAAAGACAUAAUGUUGACUAUAUUAUCAAAUCAUGACUAUUUUCAAUAAAGGAGGGCAGUAUUAUUGUUUAGAAUAAAAUCAAGAUUUUGUUACUUUAUUCUUGUGUCUUUAUUCUCAAAAUAUUUCAACUGUAUUCUCGUAUUAUUUUGACUUUAUCCUCGUGAUGUCGUGACUUUAUUUUCGUCAUUUUAUUAAAUUUUUUUCUUAGCAUGGCUCUGUCGCUCCGUCGUAGUUCAGUGUGGUCAGAUCUGGUGUUAUUAUAUAAAGCAGUAUUAUGUUGACCUGCUGAAUUAAAUGUGUGUCAUGUUGAA